GAAAUAAAAAAUCGUUUUGUUCUGAAGGGGCAAAGCGGAAGUUGAAAGUCAACAAACGGAAAUAGAAAAGGCAGAUCACCGGAAAUGGUGUUUGGACGUGAAUUUAGAAGCAAUAGUCAUUAACUCCAAGUACUUUUCACGCAUUUCAGGUAAGCAGCACGAUGGGCUUCCUGCUGUCUAAAUCCAUGGAUGCCAACCUGCAGAAGCAGCAAGAGUUUAUGCUUCACAACUCCAGACUGCAGAUGGAGCGUCAGGUGUUGCUGCAGAACGAGAUGAGACAGCGUCAGGCGGCCAUGCAGCUGGCUUGGUCCAGAGAGUUCCUGACAUACUUUGGCACCUUCUUCACACUCACCUGUGCUGGACUCACACUGGGGGCCAUCAAGAGAAAGAAGGCGGCCAUGUUGGCUCCCAUCCUCCCUCUCAGCUUCAUCCUGACCUACCAGCUGGACGCUGCCUACGGAUCACUGGCUCAGCGCAUCAGAGCGGAGGCGGAGUCUAUCAUGUCGUCGGAGCAGCAGCGUCUGCAACUUCCUCACGGGACGCCGACCUUCGACAGCAUCGAGAAGACUCGUCGCGCCAAAAUCAGCCUCACCUCCAUCUUGGAAAAAUGAGGGCUUGAGGAUGAUUGACAGCUGAGUUUGUUUAUCUUCAUCAACUCUGCGCCAAAACGACUUUUGGCUCACAAAGUCAAUAAAACACAUCCUCGACUUAAUUAUGUUCAGCAAACAUUUCUCAUGGAAUCAUUGACAAUUAAACCACUAAAAGAAUA